AUGGCGAGAUCCGUCAACCAAGGGCACAAGCGCCUCUUUGCCCUCAUCGCCCUCCUCCCCUUCUGGCUCAGCUUUGCUACUCUCACCGCCAGCCCGGUUGCGAAUGCUCACAUUGUAGACGGCAUCGCUGCUCGUCCUCAGGACCCUUCUCGCAAGUCUCUCGCCUGGGGUCCUGAACACAGCCACAAGGUCUUUGCCGACGUGGAGGCUGUCAACGACGCUUCUGUUUCCAAGCGAGACUUCACUUCCUCCCGCCAGCAUGCCUACGCUGCUGCUAUCCACUACGUCAACGCGGAAGACGGUCCCAAGAACCCUUACUCGGUUGCCACCCGUCUCGCAAAGCACCUCCUCGGCUACAACAAGGGCCUCGCCCCCUCAGGCCACGACUUUUACGUGCGUCCCGACUCGUACACCGACCCUUCCAGCGGCAUCUCGCACUACUUUGUGCGACAGCUUGUCAACGGCCUCGAGGUUGCGGACGGUGAUCUCAACAUCAACAUUUCGCCUCAGGGCAAGAUCCUCUCCUUUGGCUCCACCCUCUUUGCUGGACGAGCUCCUCCUCCUUUCACCAGCCAAGAAGUUGCCGCUACCGAAGCAGCCACUGAGUUGCAGGUAGAGCAGCGAUGCCACGAGCUGCGCUCUGAAAUCGACGCUCUUCUCUUCCCUAAGACCGCCUCUUCCGCCGAGUACACUGACAUUCCCGGCGCAGACUGGACCAGCAACAACGAGGCCUUUGUUCGAGGCGGCGUCCACCAGUACGUCUUUGAUGGUCUCGCCAAACCUGCCGCUGAGCGUUCCGCCCACCGUGCCAAUGUGGACCCCAGCACCCUGCUGCCCCUCCAGGAAGAGCUCCACGAGCUUUGUGGCGUUCCCUCGGACGAUCCGCUUCUGCAGGGAGCUGACCUCUCGUCGCGCAUCGUUGGUUCUCUCUCGCAUCUCCGUGCCAAGCGUGAUGCGCACGGGCCUGAAGCCAUUGUCGACCCUCGUCUGGCUCUCAUUUACUUCCUCAAGCAGGCCACCCCCGACGAGAGCCUCGCAGCUCGUCUUUCCGAUCCGCAUGCUGCGGAGAGUGAGGCCUCCCAAAUCUUCACCACGUUCGAGCACAAGCUUCAACCUCAUGCCGGGAAGACCGACUCGGGUACGCAGGCCUCUCACACGCAGAUUGAGUACCUUCACAAUGUCCCCACUGCCAAGGGCCCUGUCCCCGCUCAGCUCGCUUACGUCCAGACCGAGGCUGAUGGCCUCAAUCUCGUCUGGAAGUUCCAGAUUCCUCUCGAAGACAACGCUUACGAGGCCUACGCCGACGCUCACCGUCCUGGAAGCAUCAGCACCGUUGUCGACUGGGUGCACAGCAUGCCUCGCCCGCGCGCAAAGCAGGCCGUCAAGCCUGGCAACGUCGCCUCGCUCGCCCGCCCCGAGUUUGGCAACCGCAAGCUUCCUGAGCUGGGCCGUCCUGAUUUCUAUGGCUACUCGCCCGCCAAGUCUUCCAAGCCCUCCGAGGCCGAGACGCCUGCUCCCUUGAGCCACAACCCCGUGUAUCGCGUUUUCAAGUGGGGCCUCAACGAUCCUACUGAAGGCAAGCGCUCCAACGAAAAGGGCGAGCGCUACGACGAGGCUUCUCCCCUUGGCUGGCACACGGUGCCCGGCAAACACUCGCCCUUCUCGUCGCUCGAGGCGGACGACGCCAUCUCAGUGGUGGGCAACAACACGGUCUACACCGACACUCGAGGCAACAACGUCUUUGCUCAGGCUGAUCCAUCGGGCAACGGCGAGUGGAAGUCGAGCUCCAUCAAGCGACCCAAGGGCCAACUCAGCGACGACAAGUCGACUGACAUGCUGUUCAACUACCCGUACAAAUGGCGCAAGUCGGAGAAGAAGCACGCCGAGCUGCCGCCCACCGACUACGUCGCAGCUGCCACCGUUCAGCUGUUUGUGACCAUCAACGAGUACCACGACUUGCUCUACGCUUACGGCUUUGACGAGGUUGCGGGCAACUUCCAGGAGCACAACUAUGGCCGCGGUGGUGAAGCGUACGAUGGCGUCAUUGCUUUCGCCCAGGAUGGCGCCGGCACGGACAACGCCGACUUCAUGACGCCUCCGGAUGGCCAGCGCGGCAGGAUGCGCAUGUACGUGUGGGACCAGUCGACGCCGUACCGCGAUGGUGACUUUGAAGCGGGCAUCGUCAUCCACGAGUACAGCCACGGUCUGUCUACGCGUCUCACGGGUGGUCCUGCCAACAGUGGCUGCCUUGGCUGGGGUGAGUCCGGAGGCAUGGGCGAAGGAUGGGGUGAUGCACUUGCUUCGAUCAUCCGUCGAACGGGCGCUGUUCCACGCGACUGGCCCAUGGGAUCGUGGGCGUCGAACCGCGCCAAGGGCAUUCGAAACUACCCUUACUCGACCAACGAGACAAUCAACCCAGAGACGUACUCGUACCUGGACCACGCCGGAUACUGGGGUGUACACGCAAUCGGCGAGGUGUGGGCUACGAUGCUCAACGAGGUGGAGGAGGCGCUGGUGCUUGAGCACGGAUUCACGACCCACCUGUUCCCGCCUGCCACCAACGCGACUGCUUCGGAGCAGGCGGCCUUCUUCCUGGAUGAGGACGAGUUGGCUUCGCUGGGCAAGCAACGAGUGAGCAAGCGACGCGUGCCGCGUCACGGUAACUCGCUGCUGGUGCAGCUGAUCGUGGAUGGCAUGAAGCUGCAGCCAUGCCGACCGAGCUUCUUUGAUGCACGCGAUGCCAUCGUCCAAGCUGACAAGCAUCUCACGGGCGGACAGAACAAGUGUCUGCUGUGGAAGGCGUUUGCCAAGCGCGGACUGGGUACGGAUGCGCGGGUAGUUGGACGCACGCCCUGGGGUGGAGGAAAGCGUACCGAUGGCUAUGCUGUGCCUCAGGACUGCAAGUCUGCUUCGGACUAG